AUCUCUCUUUCUUCUCCUUGUCUGUCUCUCACUUCCACUUUCCGAUCGCCGACGCUUCAAGAAAUCAGAGAAGAAGAAGUAAAUUCUCCACACAUUAAAAAAACAAAAGAACAUUCUCUUUAUAAUUCCUUCUUCGUGAGAUUAUCUCAGUCUUCUACAGCACCAUGGAUCGCUGCAUCUAUGGUUGCUCCGCCGUAACUUUCUUCUUCUUCUCCUUCCUCCUCACUGCAUCCGCUUUGCCACAGAAUCUCGAACCGGGUCACCACAGCUUAAACGGGUCGGGUCAAAUAAACUCAAACUCUGUCCUUGUCGCUCUCCUCGACUCUCGUUACACUGAGCUCGCCGAGCUCGUCGAGAAAGCUCUCCUCCUCCAAACGCUCGAAGACGCCGUCGGUCGUCACAAUAUUACCAUUUUUGCCCCUCGCAACGAAGCUCUAGAGCGGGACCUUGACCCGGAUUUCAAACGGUUCUUGCUCCAACCAGGUAACCUCAAAUCUCUCCAGACGCUACUCUUGUCCCACAUUAUCCCCAAUCGGGUCGGGUCAAACCAAUGGCCCGAAGAGAACUCAGGUCGGGUCAAACACGCCACGCUUGGGCACGACCAAGUGCUGCAUUUGAGCAAAACCAAAGGAAACGGAAUCAGACUUGUGAAUUCCGCCGUUAUUACCCGACCCGAUGAUUUAACCCGACCCGACGGAUUGAUCCACGGAAUCGAACGACUCUUAAUCCCCCGCUCCGUCCAAGAAGAUUUCAAUCGAAGGAGAAGCCUCCGAUCAAUCUCCGCCGUAUUACCCGAAGGAGCUCCGGAAAUUGACCCGAGAACAAACCGUCUCAAGAAAUCCGCCGCCGCUUCCGUCGCAGUACCCGCCGGAUCUCCACCGGUUCUCCCGAUCCAAUCCGCCAUGGCUCCAGGUCCGUCGCUAGCUCCGGCACCAGCUCCGGGACCAGGAGGUCCACGACACCACUUCAACGGCGAGGCUCAGGUCAAAGAUUUCAUCCACACAUUGUUACAUUACGGUGGAUACAACGAGAUGGCGGAUAUUCUCGUGAAUCUGACGUCACUCGCGACGGAGAUGGGUCGAUUAGUGUCGGAAGGUUACGUCCUCACUGUGUUAGCUCCGAACGACGAAGCUAUGGCGAAAUUGACGACGGAUCAGCUUAGUGAGCCCGGAGCUCCGGAGCAAAUCGUGUAUUACCACAUUAUACCGGAGUAUCAGACGGAGGAGAGUAUGUAUAAUUCGGUUAGGAGAUUUGGGAAGGUGAAGUAUGAAACGCUGCGUUUUCCUCACAAGGUUGCGGCUAAGGAAGCUGAUGGUUCGGUUAAGUUUGGUUCCGGUGACCGAUCUGCGUACUUGUUUGAUCCGGAUAUUUAUACGGAUGGUCGGAUUUCGGUUCAGGGGAUUGAUGGUGUUUUGUUCCCGGAAGAAGAGGAAGAGACGGUUAAAAAACCGACUAGUUCGGUUAAGAAAGUUGUUCAGCCAAGAAGAGGGAAGUUGCUGGAAGUAGCAUGUAGAAUGCUUGGAGCUAUUGGCAAGGACUCAUAUAUAAGCAAAUGCUAAUGAAUUCACAAACCCGAAGAGAUUAUUAAAGACAAAUCUCUCAAGUGUAUCUGUAAACACAUACAAAAGGUUCUUUAUAGAAGAAUGAAGAUUGGAAAGAAGAGAAAGAACAAAAAAACUAGAGAGAAACAUCAAUGUUUAAAUUAUUCCUCAAUGGAAUAUGAAAGGAGGGUUUGUUGAGUUUUCUUUAUAUUAUAAAAAGUUAUAUUAUUUUUUGGGAGGGGGUUUGAUUUUUGGGUUAUAAAAAUUGUAAUUAGAUAUAUAAACUCAAUUUUUUAAAUUGAUUUGGUGUAUGAAAAAUGAAUCAUAGUGGAAAAGAAAAGAAAAGACUUGAGAACCCA